CAUCGCUCCUGUAUUCUGUUCCGCUAUUGGGUCUAAGAACACACCCCUGUUGCGAAAUCACCUGAACUCGUACUUCUCUGACAGGUGUCAUUUUGACUCAAUUUUUUUGAUCGUCCUUUAAUAUAUUGUUUACUGUCCUUUCUGUUUCGGUUCCGGUUCGGCGCGUGCAUGUAUAGAAGUGUGGCAAGUAUUUUAUUGUUGUGAUCGUGAACGCGCUGUGUGAUGAGGCUGCAGAGGUGGGCUGAGUUUGCAGUGCUCAAUCGCAGAUCUCUCCUCCUCUUUCUGCCGGGGGAAAAACACGUGUGUAGCAAGAGCAGACGAUACCACGGCACUCUCAUGGCUGAAGAGGCCAAAAAAUUGGCAGCUUAUGCUGCUGUAGACAACCACAUACAGAACAAUCAGGUAGUUGGGGUGGGCAGUGGCUCGACUAUCGUCUACGCUGUGGACAGGCUGGCUGAGAGGGUGAGAGAGGAGAAGCUGAACAUUGUGUGUGUUCCCACGUCCUUCCAGGCCCGUCAGCUGAUUCUGCAGCAUGGUCUCCCUCUUUCUGAUUUAGACAGACAUCCUGAGCUGGAUGUAGCAAUUGAUGGAGCUGAUGAAGUGGAUGCUGCUUUGAAUCUGAUUAAAGGAGGAGGAGGAUGCUUAGCCCAGGAGAAGAUCGUAGCUGGUUGUGCCAAACACUUCAUUGUCAUCGCAGACUAUAGAAAGGACUCAAAGGCUCUGGGGCAGCAGUGGAAGAAAGGUGUGCCGGUGGAGGUCAUUCCGAUGGCGUAUGUGCCCGUGUCCAGAGCCAUUGCCCGGCGCUUUGGAGGAGAGGCAGUGCUGAGGAUGGCAGUCAGUAAAGCUGGUCCAGUGGUUACUGAUAACAGCAACUUCAUUCUGGAUUGGAAGUUUGAGCAUGCUCAGAACUGGAAAGAGGUCAACACAGCCAUUAAGAUGAUCCCAGGUGUGGUUGAGACGGGUUUGUUUGUGGGGAUGGCUGAGCGGGUGUACUUCGGUAUGGAGGACGGAAGUGUCAAGACUAGAAAUCCUCCUGUGAACUGAGAAGAUCCUUCCUCUGCUCUUGUGAUAGACCAGCCUGCACACCUCAAGUGCCGUUCACAUACACAGACUCUGGCAGCUUUCCCUACAGGUUCUUUUAUUUUCUGGUACAGAAACCGUUAGAUGUCUGAUCAGGACUGGUGUGUACACUAAAUGGGGGAUUUUACACAUCAAUGCAACAUUAGGUCUUCUGGCCUUUCCUGUUUCUUCUCUCAUGUCUUCUGUCUGAAGAAUUGUGCUAAUGUAAGCUGUAGUUACGGUCCUUGCGUCUACUGUGUCAUUUUACCUUCUGUGCUUCUUUACUUCUUUCCAUGCUCUUCCGUGAAUGUUGUAUUGCAUGAAUGUCUAUUCACACGCAUGAAUAUAGUGGCCUGUAAUGUAUCUGUGCCUACGUACAUGUAUAUUUUCACAAAGAAUAGUUGCUAGCUAUCACAUCGAAAUUGAUCGUCAAUAUGUUUUCUGUGUAUUGUGGUUUUUUUUUUUUUUUUUGUAUGAUCAUUUUGAAACCGUUUUGGAGAAUCUGGUAGAUUUGCUCAGAUAUUCCAACAUGAAACCUCAAGUGAAACUUGUGGCCUUUUCCUGCACACAGUGGUUAGUUUAAUUCAUUGAUGAAUCGUUUCAGAGCAUUCUGCCCCUGGACAAAAUAACUAUUUGAAAUGAUGUAAAAUGUCACUCAUCUUUUGAUAUUGAUUUUGUUUUUGUAUAAUUUUUCGAUGUGCCUGUGGCCAUCAGCACAGUGUUGUUGAGGGAUGAAAGCAGCAGUGAGUUGGUGGCACAGCUUAAAGCCUUAUCUUCUGUACAUUUAUUGACUACUCAGUUCUGUUAAUGUUAACCUCCCAGAGGUCACUGUGAUUUUGGGGGAUUGUACUUGAAGAAGUACAAUACCAGCUUGUUUCAAAUACCAGCUUGUUUUACUCUCCCAAUUUGUACUGUUAUACUGAAGUUUUCAAAUGUUGUGCUCCAGGCUGAAAAUUAAUAUUAAACUGGACCAAUCAAUUAUGAA